AACAUUCAUUAGAGUCCAGGACCUGUACGUUUUACGAAUUAUUGCUCUUGUAUGUGAGAAGUAAUUUGUGCGUCCGUUUUCUCAGGAUGUCGAAAUAAGGUGAAGCAAGAAUGUCGACUUACGUGAGUGCGCAACUGCCGUAGAGUAGUUAUCUGAUUAUUGAAGUAAGAACGAUGGAUUUUGUUGAAGGGGGGUAUUGGAACAGCGAUAACGUCAGGGUUGGUGAGUGGAGCGGCCACUACGAUUCUAUUCCAGCCUUUCGAGCUUCUCAAAACGAGGCUGCAGACAUCAUCCGGGUAAAUUGCUUUAAAAUUAUUGAGAUUAAAUGAUUAUUUCUGUGCAAGAAAAAUUUUGUUCCAGGCCAUCGUCGAUGAUAUCCGUCGGGAUGAUAGUUGUAAGACGGGACGGAGUUUUCGGUUUGUGGAGAGGGUUGAGUCCAGUUGAGUUUCUUGUCUUGGGAUUUUAAUUUCGUUUUGCCAGAGUUUCGGGUAUUUUAGGCGCUCUUGCGAGCAGUUCCAGGGAUUGGAAUAUAUUUUGGCUUCAUGCAUUCGCUGAAAACAAUCCUGACGGAAGGGAAACGAGAAAUGACAUUUGUAGAAGCGGGUUUGGUUGGAGCGGCGUCGAGAACUUUAGCCGGGCUACUUCUGAUGCCCGCCACGGUUUUGAAGACGCAGUUUGAGGUUUGUAUGCGACUCGGGCUCUGGCAAUAUGCUUCGAAGGGUUAAUGAACGCGUGUUAGGAUUCCACGUUUGUAUUCAGAGCGGAUUGUUUGAGUACAAAAACGUGUUCCAAGCAUUUUCCAUCCUUUCUGAAAGAGGAGUGAGGAGCAUGUUUGCGGGGGCUGUCCCGACGCUUGUGAGGGACGUGCCGUUUGCUGCUCUGUAUUUGGCCUUGUACACACAGGCCAAAAAGGUUGUUAUAGAAGGUAAAGCUGCUUGAAAUUGCUGAUGGAAGGAAACCUUUUUUAUGACUUUCGAUGCUUGUGCCUUUUCUGCGUUGGAUGUUAGUGUUGUAAUGUCUUUGAGACUAGAUUGACGCGAGGAGCUGCUUAUUCUACGAUAUCCAGCAGAUUAACUAUUGUUCCCCGGGUAAAAAAUACUGUAAAACUCGUAUUGUUCCCACUUCCGUAACCUUCACGAUAAUUUUAACAGUAUGUUGGCGUGAAAUGGAAUCGUACGGCUUUGUAAUGUUAUCGCACACGUUACGUAAAUCUCGUGACUUCAACGAAAUUCCUGACAUGACGGAAAUUUUGAGACGAAGCGUCGGGUAUCUUGGCGACGUUAAGGAUGCUUGAGAUUGGUUUCAUUCUAUUGAACGUUCGUUUCUCUUCGUGCAGGAAAUGAAGUGAAGUAUCACUUUGGUUGUGCCUUGUUCGCUGGCAUAGUAGCUUCAAUACUAACGCAUCCUCCUGAUGUUUUGAAGACGAAGGUGCAAUGCAGCGAGGCAAAACUGACCGGUGUUGAAGCAGUGAGGCUUAUUGUAAAGGAAUCUGGAUUUCCAGGAUUUUUUCGAGGACUUGUUCCGCGGCUUCUUCGGAGGACGUUGUUGUCGUGUGUGUCGUGGACUAUAUACGAAAGGGCGAUGAAGAAGCAUACCGCGUUGUGAUGCCUAGGCUGUUUUUGAACGUUUGAUGCAAUAGACUUCUCGUUGACGUUUCUUUCCGAGGAGAUGAGGAUUCUGAAUUUUAUUCUUUGUAUUUUCAGAUCCGUUUGUAGUAUUUUAUUUCUGUGCAUCAGAGGGGCAUUGUGUGCUCGUUUAUGAGAUGAGGCCAGGGUUUACACCAAGAGGCGGAUUUGGGGACCGAGGCGGCGGUGGCCGCGGAGGAUUUGGCAGAGGUGGUGGCGGCAGAGGCGGCGGUCGAGGUGGUUUUGGCCGCGGUGGCGGUGGUGAUCGUGGAGGCUUCCGAGGACGAGGUGGGGGCGGUGGUAGAGGAACUCCACGAGGUCGUGGUGGAAGAGGAGGGGGUUUUGGAGCUGGAAGGAACGUGGUGGUGGAACCCCAUCGUCAUCCUGGAGUUUUCAUUGCCAAGGGCAAGGAACAGGCAUUGCUUACCCGCAACAUUGUGCCCGGGGAUUCCGUGUAUGGCGAGAAGCGUAUAUCCGUUGAUGGGGACGUUGAGGGAGAGAAGGUUGAGUAUCGCGUUUGGAACCCCUUUCGAUCAAAGCUUGGAGCUGCCAUUUUAGGCGGAGUGGACGCCAUUCACAUGCCACCAGGCAGCAAAGUGCUCUAUCUCGGUGCUGCAUCUGGAACAACGGUGUCGCACGUUUCGGACAUUGUGGGACCGGCAAAUUGCAUCGACUCAACAGCUGAACCAGAGGCAGUUUUCGCCGGGGAAGUGAAAAAGUUGCAGUCUGAGAAAUUACGCCCUAUGGAACAGUUGACGUUGGAGCCCUAUGAGCGUGAUCACGCCGUUGUCGUCGGCGUUUACCGUGUUCCGAAGAAGAGUAAGAGCACUGGUUAGUGCUGAAACGGGCUGGCAAAUUCCAGGAGCGCAGAAUUUUGUUUCGAAAUAUCCUCGAUUUUUGUCCAUUGUUUUUUGAUACCUUGAAGGGCGGGAGUCUCCGUAGGAAAGGGAUUUCUUCAAACUCCUGCGUGGAAUUUGCUGACGGAGUAAAGCGAAUCGUUGCUGACUGACAA